GAAAGGCCGUUCUCUUUCUCGGCGAGAAAUGCUCGACCCGCACACCGCCGCGUGGGUGGCGGAGUUCGUCCUCCGUCAGCCGGUCGAGGACUGGCUCGCCCACGAGAUCUUCUGCCUUCUCCCCCUCCCCUCUCCCGCUCCGCCUCCGCCGCACCAUCCUCCUCCGCCGCCUCGCCUCAGACCUCACCCGCCGCUCCCCUUCCCUCAGAACUCUCCACUCUCUCGACCUCCUCCUUGACGACCGCCCAGCCACUUCUUCAUCCGAGUCCAUAGCCGCAGCCUACCGCGCCGUCGCCCUCCAUUGCGACAUCGACGCCCUCUCGAUCUCCGAGGACAACGGCUCCUUCAGGGCCUUCGUCGAUGGCUUGUACUCCAGGGUGGCCUACCUCGAGCGGUUGGGGCCAGCCAUCUUGGCGGCCCACCCGCUGAGGGAGUUGAGGAUGGAGAUUGAGCCCGCAGCCGGGAGUGGCCUCGUUAGGGCUUCGUUGUUGAAGAGGUAGAGGGACACGAGGCAAGAAGCAUUGGACGCGAUUAGGGUUUAUUUGAAGUCCGCCACGGAGAAGUUAGGGCCACCGUUUCUUGAGCUCACCGCAGAUAUUGUUGUUAGGAACGGGAUUGAGUUGGGAGGGCCGUCUGGCGAAGCUUGUACCGAAAUGGGUGAGAAGGAUGAGGAUUCAGGAAUCAAAAGUGGAGUCGGAGAGAGCACUUUUGGUUUGUCUGAUGCCGCCCUUGACCAUGGCGUCAAGGAAGAGGUGAUUCUCUUGGAGACGGAUAGAGAAAUAUCCUCCACCGCUGUUGAUCAUGGCGUCAAUUUAGAGGUGGUUUUCUUUGAAACAAAUCAACAAAUAUCAUCUUUAUCACGUGAUACCUUGGACAAGGAUAUGGAGGAUGACAUAGAUAGAGAACAAGAUGCAGCUAUGCAUCUAGGGAAGCCCAGUGACAGAUUUACUGCUUUGCCGACACCAGAGAUUGAAAAGGUGGCUAAUACCCUUAAAUCAAGUUGAACGGAUCUUCACCAGGUGGUGGUUGACCCUCUUCAGGAUGCAAUAAUGCAAGCAGAUGAGAUUUUAAAAAGUAGAUUGGUCGAGAUGACAAAUGGUAUGGAACAACAAGAGGUUCAACAUCAGGUUGGUGUGAGAAGACUUGUUUCUGCUGUUGAAAAGGGUGCCAAGGAAAAUAGUGCAGAUGAAACUACAGAACAAAGCAGGAAAAAUGAUUCUCCUGAUGUGGAUGGCACCACAGAGCAAAGUAGAAAAAAUGCUCUUCAUUUGAAUAGAGAGUCAUCUGUUGAGAAGCAAUUGGAUGAAAUUACAAACAGAGUACAAACAGAUACAGAAGUACAUGCAGGGAUCAAUACGACUGGAAUUUAUAGUACUCAUUGGGUGCCACCAUUUCUUGAGUUCGCCCUGCCAACUCAAUCCCGUUCCUAACAACAAUAUCUGCGGUGAACUCAAGAAAUGGUGGCCCUAACUUCGCCGUGGCGGAUUUCAAAUAAACCCUAAUCGCAUCCAAUGCUUCUUGCCUCGUGUCCCUCUCCCUCUUCAACAACGAAGCCCUAACGAGGCCCCUCCCCGCUGCGGGCUCAAUCUCCAUCCUCAACUCCCUCAGCGGUUGGGCCGCUAAGAUGGCUGGCCCCAACCGCUCGAGGUAGGCCACCCUGGAGCACAAGCCAUCGACGAAGGCCCUGAAGGAGCCGUUGUCCUCGGAGACCGAGAGGGCGUCGAUGACGCAAUGGAGGGCGACGGCGUGGUAGACUGCGGCUAUGGACUCGGAUGAAGGUCGGACAGCAAACAAACACAUAAUUCUUCUACCCCUAGUAAUCGAAAAUGCUUCAAAUAUCAUAGUUUUUGACAUAUUAUUUCAUAUUAUUUAAAUAGGAGAAUUAUUACUUUAGUUGAAGAUAACAGUGAUGAAGAAGAAGAUGAAGCUAAAGACGAACUAAAAUAUGAUGAUGAUAAAAAAGAAGCUACUUAUGUUAAUCAUAAUUUGUCCAUUGUGUUACAACAUAGUUUAUAAGUAUAUGAA